CGGGACCGGGGGAGCAGGGGCAAAAAACAAAAGUCGGGAAGAUACGCCAGGGCGUCUACAGGUUUCCUUCAGCCCGGCGCGGGCCGAGUGUGAGCGCGCCAGUGUGCGGCAGAAUGAGACAGCUUCCUGCUCGGCCAUGACUGUGUGUCUGCCCCUUAGUCCAUCCUCCGAACAGCAGUGGUGGCGGUGACCCUGGCCAGGACUGACUUGGAGAGCAGUCACCCAAGAGUUGAUGGCUGGCAUGUCUCGGCGACUGCCCAGCAUGUACUGGUGUGUGGGGCCAGAGGGCUCAGCUGUGUGUCCAGAACGUGCCAUGGAGACCCAUAACGGCGCUGAGGACAUGGGCAGCAAACCAUCCACACCAGGCAGUGACCCCACAGCACAGUGCUCUGGGACAGAAGGCAUUCAUGCUGCAUACAAGCAAGGAAACCCCAGCAGGGCCCGGCACCUGCUCAGAGAGGCUUGUGACGAGAGUACGUCCCAUCUGGAGAAGGGCCAGCUUCUGAGCAUCUCGGCGGCCUAUGGCGAUCUGGAGACCGUCCGGUACCUUCUCACCGAGAGACGGGUGGAGCUGCCCACCGAGCCCACCGACGACAAUCCAGCUGUGGUGGCAGCACAUUUUGGGCACACUGACGUUGUGCAGGAGUUGCUCGAGUCUUUGCCAGGUCCCUGCAGCCCCCAGCGGCUGCUGAACUGGAUGCUGGCUUUGGCUUGCCAGCGAGGGCACCUGGGGUUGGUGAAGCUCCUCGUCCUGACGCACGGGGCCGACCCGGAAAGCUACGCAGUCAGGAAGAACGAGUUUCCUGUCAUCGUGCGCUUACCCCUGUACGCGGCCAUCAAGUCAGGAAAUGAAGACAUCGCCAUAUUCCUGCUUCGGCAUGGGGCUUUUUUCUGUUCCUACAUCUUAUUGGACAGUCCUGACCCCAGCAAACAUCUCCUCAGGAAGUAUUUCAUUGAAGCUAGUGCCUUGUCCAGCAGUUGUCCAGGGAAAAUGCCUCUUCGUGUGAAAUGGUCCCACCUCAAGUUACCCUGGGUGGAUCUGGACUGGCUCAUAGACAUCUCCUGCCAGAUCACAGAGCUGGACCUUUCUGCCAACUGCCUGGCUUCCCUCCCCUCCGUCAUCCCCUGGGGACUCAUCAACCUCCGGAAGCUGAACCUCUCCAAGAACCACCUGGGGGAGCUGCCUGGUGUGCAGUCAUCGGACGAAAUCAUCUGCUCCAGGCUCCUCGAGAUUGACAUUUCCAGCAAUAAAUUGCCCCACCUCCCACCGGGAUUCCUGCACCUCUCGAAACUUCAAAAACUGACAGCUUCCAAAAAUUACUUAGAAAAAUUGUUUGAAGAGGAAGGUGCCACUAACUGGAUUGGUUUGCGAAAGCUACAGGAACUCGAUAUUUCUGACAAUAAAUUGACAGAACUCCCUGCACUUUUCCUUCAUUGCUUCAAGUCGCUCAAUUCUCUGAAUGUCUCCAGAAAUAACCUGAAGGUGUUUCCAGAUGCCUGGGCCUGCCCUUUGAAAUGUUGUAAAGCAUCCAAAAAUGCCCUGGAAUCUCUACCAGACAAGAUGGCUGUCUUUUGGAAAAACCACCUGAGGGAUGUGGAUUUCUCAGAAAACUCUCUCAAGGAAGUUCCCCUGGGGCUUUUCCAGCUUGAUGCCCUCAUGUUCCUGAGGUUACAGGGAAACCAGCUUGUGGCGCUGCCGCCUCAAGAGAAGUGGACCUGCAGACAGCUCAAAACCCUGGAUCUUUCCAGAAACCAAUUUGGCAAAAAUGAAGAUGGACUGAAAACAAAGCGUAUUUCCUUUUUCACCACCAGAGGGCGCCAGCGUUCUGGGACCGAGACAGCGGGGGUGCUGGAAUUUCCGGCCUUCCUAAGUGAGUCUUUGGAAGUCCUUUGUCUGAACGACAAUCACCUGGACGCCAUCCCUCCCUCGGUUUGCCUCCUGAAGAGUUUAUCAGAGCUCUACCUGGGAAACAAUCCUGGCCUCCGCGAGCUCCCUCCUGAGCUGGGGCAGCUGAGCAAUCUCUGGCAGUUGGACAUUGAAGACCUGAACAUCAGCAACGUGCCCACGGAGAUCAAAAAAGAAGGCCCCAAAGCAAUGUUGUCCUACCUGCGCGCUCAGCUGCGGAAAGCAGAAAAGUGCAAGCUGAUGAAGAUGAUCAUCGUGGGUCCUCCGCGCCAGGGCAAGUCCACCCUCCUGGAGAUCUUACAGACGGGGAGGGCCCCCCAGGUGGUGCACAGCGAGGCCACCAUCAGGACCACCAAGUGGGAGCUCCAGAGGCCAGCUGGCUCGAGAGCCAAGCAGGUGGAGUCUGUGGAAUUCACCGUCUGGGACAUCGGUGGCCCCGCAAGCAUGGCCACCGUCAACCAGUGCUUCUUCACAGACAAGGCCCUGUAUGUGGUGGUCUGGAACCUGGCACUGGGGGAGGAGGCUGUGGCCAGCCUCCAGUUCUGGCUGCUCAACAUCGAGGCCAAGGCUCCAAACUCGGUGGUGCUGGUGGUCGGAACGCACCUGGACUUAAUCGAAACCAAAUUCCGAGUGGAGAGAAUCGCAACGCUACGCGCCUACGUGCUGGCGCUCUGCCGCUCGCCCUCCGGGUCCCGGGCCACCGGCUUCCCGGACAUCACCUUCAAACACUUGCACGAGCUCUCCUGUAAGAGUCUGGAAGGCCAGGAGGGGCUGCGGCAGCUGAUUUUCCAUGUCACGUGCAACAUGAAGGAUGUGGGCAGCACCAUCGGCUGCCAGAGACUCGCGGGGAGGCUGAUCCCCAGGAGCUACCUGAGCCUCCAGGAGGCCGUGCUGGCUGAGCAGCAGCGCCGCAGCCUGAACGACGACGUGCAGUACCUGACGGACAGGCAGCUGGGGCAGCUGGUGGACCAGAUGGCCGACAACGACAUCAAAGACUAUGAGGACCUGCAGUCCGCCAUCAGCUUCCUCAUAGAAACCGGCACCCUGCUGCACUUCCCGGACACCAGCCACGGCCUGAGGAACCUCUACUUCCUUGACCCCAUUUGGUUGUCCGAAUGUCUGCAGAGGAUCUUCAACAUCAAGGGCUCGCGGUCAGUGGCCAAGAAUGGGGUGAUCCGGGCAGAGGACCUCAGGAUGCUGCUGGUGGGGACGGGCUUCACACAGCAGACAGAGGAGCAGUAUUUCCAGUUCCUGGCCAAGUUUGAGAUCGCCCUGCCUGUGGCCAACGACAGCUACCUUCUGCCACACCUCCUUCCAUCCAAACCUGGCCUGGACACUCACGGCAUGCGGCACCCCAAGGCCAACACCAUUCAGAGAGUGUUUAAGAUGAGUUUUGUUCCCGUCGGCUUCUGGCAAAGGUUUAUAGCACGGAUGCUGAUCAGCCUGGCGGAGAUGGACCUGCAGCUUUUUGAAAACAGGAAGAAUACUAAAAGCAGACACAGGAAAGUUACCAUUUAUAGCUUUACAGGAAGUCAGAGAAAUCGCUGCAGCACAUUCAGAGUGAAAAGAAAUCAGACCAUCUACUGGCAGGAAGGGCUCCUGGUCACUUUUGAUGGGGGCUACCUCAGUGUGGAAUCCUCAGAUGUGAACUGGAAGAAGAAAAAAAGCGGAGGAAUAAAAAUCAUUUGCCAGUCAGAAGUGAGGGACUUCUCUGCCAUGGCUUUUAUCACAGACCAUGUCAACUCCCUGAUCGAUCAGUGGUUUCCCGCCCUGACAGCCACAGAGAGCGACGGGACCCCGCUCAUGGAGCAGUAUGUGCCCUGCCCGGUGUGCGAGACCUCUUGGGCCCAGCACACGGACCCGAAUGAGAAAGCAGAGGGCGUGCAGUACUUCGACAUGGAAGACUGUGUGCUCACAGCCAUUGAGAAGGACUUCAUCUUCUGCCCCAGACACGCCGACCUCCCCGUGCCUCUCCAGGAGCUGGUUCCCGAGCUGUUCAUGACCGAUUUCCCUGCCAGGCUCUUCCUGGAAAACAGCAAGCUGGAGCACAGUGAGGACGAGAGCAGCGUCCUGGGCCAGGGCGGAAGUGGCACCAUCAUCUACCGGGCCCGGUACCAGGGCCAGCCCGUGGCGGUGAAACGGUUCCAGAUCAAGAAAUUCAAGAACUUGGCCAACGCCCCAGCGGACACCAUGCUGAGGCACCUGCGGGCCACGGACGCCAUGAAGAACUUCUCGGAGUUUCGGCAGGAGGCCAGCAUGCUGCACGCCCUGCAGCACCCCUGCAUCGUGUCACUCAUAGGCAUCAGCAUCCACCCUCUCUGCUUCGCCCUGGAGCUCGCCCCACUGGGCAGCCUCAACACCGUGCUGUCUGAGAAUGCCAAAGAUUCUUCCUUUAUGCCCCUGGGACACAUGCUCACCCAAAAAAUAGCCUACCAGAUCGCCUCCGGCCUGGCCUACCUGCACAAGAAAAACAUCAUCUUCUGUGACCUGAAGUCGGACAACAUUCUGGUCUGGUCUCUUGACGUCAAGGAGCACGUCAACAUCAAGCUGUCGGACUACGGGAUUUCACGGCAGUCAUUUCAUGAGGGUGCCCUCGGCGUGGAGGGCACCCCCGGCUACCAGGCCCCGGAGAUCAGGCCUCGCAUCGUAUAUGACGAGAAGGUAGACAUGUUCUCCUAUGGAAUGGUGCUCUAUGAGUUGCUGUCGGGACAACGGCCAGCACUGGGCCACCACCAGCUUCAGAUUGCCAAGAAGUUGUCCAAGGGCAUCCGCCCUGUCCUGGGGCAGCCAGAGGAGGUGCAGUUCCAUCGGCUCCAGGCCCUCAUGAUAGAGUGCUGGGACACGAGGCCUGAGAAGCGACCGCUGGCCCUGUCGGUGGUGAGCCAGAUGAAGGACCCGACCUUUGCAACGUUCAUGUACCAGCUACCCUGCGGGAAGCAGACCACCUUCUUCUCCUCCCAAGGCCAGGAGUACAUGGUGGUGUUCUGGGACGGGAAAGAGGAGUCCAGGAACUACACCGUGGUGAACACGGAGAAGGGCCUUAUGGAAGUGCAGCGGAUGAGCUGUGCAGGAAUGAAGCUAAGCUGCCAGCUCAAGGUCCAGAACUGUCUGUGGACAGCCACCGAGGACCAGAAGAUCUACAUCUAUAACCUCAAGGGCAUGUGCCCCUUAAACACACCCCAACGGGCUUUGGACACCCCAGCGGUCGUCACCUGCUUGUUGGCAGUGCCUGUUAUUAAAAAGAAUUCCUACCUGGUGCUGGCAGGCCUGGAUGAUGGGCUUGUGGCAGUGUUUCCCGUGGUGCGGGGUGCCCCGGACAACAGUUGCUCCUACCUGUGUUCGCACACGGCCAACAGGUCCAAGUUCAACAUCCCAGAUGAAGACACGCGGCAGAACCCAUACCCCGUGAAGGCCAUGGAGGUGGUCAACAGCGGGUCCGAGGUCUGGUACAGCAAUGGGCCGGGCCUGCUGGUCAUCGACUGUGCAGCCCUGGAGAUCAGCAGGAGGCUGGAACCGUACUCGGCCCCUUCGGUGGUCACCUCGGUCGUGGGCAGCUCUGAGUGCCGCGGGGAGGAGGUCGUCUGGUGCCUGGACGACAGGGCCAACUCCUUGGUGAUGUACCAUGCAGCCGCCUACCAGCUGUGCGCCCGGUACUUCUGUGGGGACCCCAGCCCGCUCAGAGACAUGUUUCCUGUGCGCCCACUGGGCCCGGAGCCCCUGGGCAGCCACCCAGCCGGAUCUGAAGAGCCCGAGGGGGACUCCAUCGCGGACGUGAGCAUCAUGUACAGUGAGGAGCUGGGCACGCAGAUCCUGACCCACCAGGACUCGCUGACCGACUACUGUUCCGUGUCGUCCUACCCCUCCUCCUCUCCCUGCCGGGCUCCCACAGCCUCCCCCAGCCUGCCCUCCUCCCCGGCAAGCUCUUCCAGCGUGCCCUUCUCCGCCAACUGCGAGGACUCCGACCGGCUGCACGAGCCCGCCGCUGGCUCCGACAGGUCUGAGCACGACCUGACCCCAGUGGACGGGGAGGCCUUCAGCCAGCACCUGCAGGCCGUGAGGAUCCUAGCCGUGAAGGAUGUCAUCUGGGUCCCCAGGCGCGGCGGCGACGUUAUUGUCAUCGGCCUGGAGAAGGAGGCCGGCAGCCAGCGGGGCCGUGUCAUCGCCGUCUUAAAAGCCCGGGAGCUGACUACACGUGGGGUGCUUGUGGACGCAGCCGUUGUGGCAAAGGACACAGUCGUGUGCGGCUUUGAGAACGAAAACACGGAGUGGUGCCUAGCUGUCUGGAGGGGCUGGGGCACUAGGGAGUUUGACGUUUUCUACCAGUCCUAUGAGGAGCUGGGCCGGCUGGAGGCUUGCAUGCGGAAGAGAAGGUGAUUCCUGUGGAAUGACAGUCGUGGAGACCUGGCUGCCCCGGGCCAGUGGCUUGACCCCCCUGCCUGCAGCCUGCCGCCCCCCUGAGGACCCAGAAGAUGGACUGGGUUCGCCCAUGAACCACUUGCUGCUAGAAGUGCUGAGAAGUUACCACCCUGGCCGUGGUCUGGGGGGCUCCCCGGUUCUCCAGGGCAGAGUUAGCUGCCUACCUCCAUUCUCCCAUUGCUGGUUUUACAACCCAAGAGAAGCCGGUGGGGCCCAGUUGGGAGCAACUCCCCCUGCCUCCUCCAUCCACUUCCAGGAGCAGGAGAGGGGGAUCCCGCUCCGCACUGGGUCACACAAAGGGGGGCUGGGUCUUCACGGCACAGUUCCCUCCCCAGGUCUGGGAUGGCAUUACACUAGAGGCUCUCAGUUGGGGAGCAUUUCGGGGCAGGGGAGGAGGGGGCCGUGACCUCUGCCCCUUCCCCUAGUGGCCUCCAGGCUCUCAGCGCAUUUCACAAGCCCCUGGGGCUCCGGGGCCCCAGGGCCCCGCUUGGGCAAGGUGAGAUCAGAUGUCUCCUGCUCAGGAAAGUCUCUGUGAGAGAAGCCCUCAGAAGGACCCUCGGGGAGGAGUGCUGCCCAGCCUGGGGGAAUGAAUGAGUUCCUUUAAGUGACCCAGCCGGAAAGCCAAGAGCUAACGCAGGGCUCAGAGCACCCACUCAGCCUCUACAUUCUUCUCCUGCCGACAAAAGGCAGGGGAAACUCAAUCAUCAGGACUUAAGAAAGGGCCGUGUGUUUAUAGCUUUGUAAAGUAAACUUGGACACAGCUGAAGCACAAGCCCUGUUUGUUUGCACAUAAUAAUCUUGUUUAUCACUUUAACAAAUUAAGUAAUAGCUCAGUGGUUAGGCCCCGGUUGUGAAAUCACAUCAUAUGGGGCUUCUACCAAAUUAUGCAUUUGCUCAGCAUUGACUACACACAUGUACAGCAAAAUCUAAAGAGCAAAAUUGUUAAUGGGGGGUUUAUGGGUCUGACAGCGACCGUUUUUAUAAAUUAUGCGCACACACGCACACGUACCACAUGGUUCCCAAGAGGAAUCACUUAAGGCUGCUGACCCCAGAACGGCGGUGUGAACAUGAGAUUGUACUCCAGUUCAAGUUGUUGACCUUUUCCUAAAAUUAAGUUAUAAAAAUCAAACUUAAGAUUGGCUGGGGUAUGCGGGCAAAUGUGGUUCCUUUUAUCUGAAAAUAAACCGAUUCUCUUGAGAA